UUAAUUUAUAAUCAAUCGAAAUGUAUAGAUAAAUACAUAUAUAAAAACCUUGUAAUAUAUUAUUUUCUUCUUUUUAAGAUCUUACGCACGUCGACAUCAUACUUUAUGGUACUUUCGUCAGUACAUUAAUCGAGAGCGAUCUUUAAAAAAAUUGUAGUUUUAUUUAUUAAAAUGCAAUUCUCUUGUUUACCUAUAAAAACAAGUUUUAUUCUUUAACAAAACAUUCACUCCUACAAAUAUUUUCAACUAUUUUCAAACACUACACACACACACACACAUAUAUAUAUAUAUUUCUCUCUUGGUACCAUCAAAGGCAAACGAGGUACUAACGUGAACUGAGGUAAUAAAAUGAUAGAUAGGUACGAGACGAAGUAUCAACUAAAUCAUUAAUUGAUUCUUAUAUCAUUGCUCGUUAGAAAGACUCUCUUCUAAGGAAUAUCAAACGUCACAUUGUAAGGAGAUAAUUAAAACCUGUCUUCUUCGUUAACAUCCAAAGAACAUAAUGAACUUACAAAGAUGUCUGUUAUUUAUCUGUCCUCCUUCAAUGAUACAUAAUAACUGUUUCUCGUACGCACGAACUUGAUAUCUUUUGCCCAGUAGUCUCUGAAUAUUUUAUAAAGAAACGCCCAGCUAAGAGGGAAAGAGAGAAAGACAGAAAGAGAGAGAGAACUUUCUUUAGCUUCUUAUAGAAUCUAUUCUUCAGAAUGUUAACUUCAUCACUACGACAUGGAUAUAUUUCAACGUCAUUUCUAUAAGCUCAAUAAUCAAUUAUUAUCCUUAGUAGGUUUAUGGCCUUAUCAGGAUAAAAGAUCUCGUUUAUCUCGUUUAUACUUUCUAAACAUUGCACUGGUAUCUUUUAACAUGACACAGAUAUUUCAAUUGUACACUUCUAAAGGAGACUUUAAUAUCAUUAUUGAAAUAGUCCCGACUAUGGCAACGAUGAUAAACAUGGCGAUCAAGUAUUAUACUUAUUACAUCGGUAUGUUCAAUAUAAGAAAACUUUUGGAUAAAAUGAUCAUCGAUUGGAAGAUGUGGAAUACGAAGGAAGAAAUAGAAAUAAUUAAAAGAUAUGCUGAGGAAGGUCGUCUCUAUACUUUGGCAUAUACCAUAUACAUAUAUAUUAGUACGAUAUUGUUUUUAUCAAUAUCGUUUCUACCUCUUUUUCUGGACAUAAUUUUACCUUUGAACGAAUCACGGCCUUUGCAACCAAUUGUUUUAGGCGAAUAUUUUAUCGAUCAAUCUAAACAUUUUUAUUUUAUUUUCUGCCACAUGGCUUUAACAAUUCUACUCGCUAUGACGAUUGUAAUAGCAACCGAUACUCAGUUCUUCGUUUUCACUUCUCACGUCUGCGGAGUGUUUUCAGUCGUAGGGUUUCGUUUCGAACGAUUAAUGAAAAGUGAUACUACUACGAAUAAAUAUUUUAAUUAUCCAGAAUCAUUCAAAUACGUUGCAUGUUCCAUCAAAGGCCACAGCAGAGCUAUAGAGUUUGCGAAUCUCAUCGAAUCAUCUUUCUCAACCCCUUUGCUUAUACAAUGUGGAAUAAACGUAGCUUGCUUGAGCGUUUCCUUAUAUCGAAUGACAAUGUUGUUAGACAUGUCCACAGAAACAUUCAAGUAUGGUGCCUUUUUAGCUGCACAAUUAUUUCAUAUAUUUUGCAUUUGUUAUUCCGGACAAAGGAUAAUUGAUCAUAGUAGUGAAACCUUUUUAAAAGCAUACAAUGGUCUAUGGUACGAGGCACCGAUAGAGAUAAGAAAAUUAUUACUCUUGGUAAUAAAACGAGGCAUGAAACCUUCCAAAUUGACUGGUGGGAAAGUAUUUGUCUUUUGUCUGAAAGGUUUUUCAACGGUAAAUUAAUAACAUAUACAUGCGUACACAUAAAUACAUUAAUAUACUUCUAAUAAUUCAUUCUAUCUAAUAUUUUGUACAGAUCGUUCAUACUUCUACCUCAUACUUCAUGGU